UACGCAGGACGUGCAGCGGUUGUAAGAGGAAGGAAGAUGGCGGAUAACAAAGGCGAGGAGGAGAUGGAACCGUCAGCUAAUGCGGAGCCAGUGCCUUCAGGGCAAGUCGAGAAGCAGUCUAGCACAGAAAGCGAAGACAAGGUAAUAAUUAUAGAAGCGGAUUCGAAGGGAGAAGCGGAAACCGAGUCCCCAAAGGACGCUAACGAGGAGCUCAAUAUCAGCAGUGAAGGAGUGGACGACAGCAUUGGCGGGGCAACCGAGGCUACUCCCGCCGCCGCAGUUGUUGCUGCAGGAGAAGCUGACGGUAACGCUAGCAACGCCACUAGCCCCACCGAGACCAGCAACGGCAACUCAGAACCGUCGGCAGUCGACGCUGUUCCUGCCGCGGAUGCUCCGGUUAGCGGAAACGCAACUGAAACAUCUCUCGCUCCGACUGCCCCGGCGGCGGCGGCAACGCCGGUGUCCACUCCCAUUAAUCUACUGGAUACGUGCGCUGUGUGUAAACAAAGUCUCCAGACUCGAGACUGUGAACCAAAACUUCUGCCCUGCCUACACUCGUUUUGCCUGAAAUGUAUCCCGCAGCCGGACAGACAGAUAAGCGUCCAGGUGCCUGGUCCACACGGUCAGACGGACACGCAUAUAGUAAAUGUCAUGCGAUGUUCGGUUUGCCACCAGGACUACAAGCAAAGUGACAUUAUCGACAAUUACUUUGUCAAAGACACAACGGAAGCUACCAGCACAUCUGAUGAAAAAGCUGCACAGGUGUGCACAAGCUGUGAAGACAACGCUGGGACAGUAGGCUUUUGUGUGGAGUGUGGAGAAUGGUUGUGUAAAACCUGUGUGGAGGCCCAUCAGAGAGUGAAAAUUACCAAGGACCACAAAAUCCGUACAAAGGAAGAUGCUGAUGCUGCGUCUGAUUCUGUCAACACGACAGGACAGAGGCCAGUUUUCUGUCCCAUCCACAGGCAGGAACCUCUGAAACUUUUCUGCGAGACAUGCGACACUCUAACGUGUCGGGACUGUCAGCUUCUGGAGCACAAGGAGCACAGGUACCAGUUUCUGGAAGAAGCUUUCCAGAACCAUAAAGGAAUCAUCGAAGCCAACAUGGCCAAACUACAGGAAAAAAAGAACUAUGUCCAUUACUCUGUGUCUCAAUUGCAAAACAGGUUAAAAGAACUGGGUGAGACGCAUAGAAAAGUGGAACAUGAGAUCAAAAUUGCUGUAUUCACUCUUAUAAAUGAAAUCAACAAAAAGGGCAAAGCAUUACUUCAGCAGUUAGAGAGCGUGAACAAAGAGAGGAGCUUGAGGCUGAUGGGUCAGCAUAAGGACACCACCCAGCUGGCUCAACAGAUCCACCAUGUGCUCAACUUCUGCAACUGGGCCAUCACUUCAGGCAGCAGCACUGCAUUGCUCUAUAGCAAGAGGCCGAUCAUGUACCAGCUUCGCCAGCUCUUCAAGGCGAGACUGGAGCCAGCCCCACAGUCCAAUGGAGUUGUACGGUUCUUCUGUGACCCAACGUUUUGGGCUAAAAAUGUUGUUAAUUUAGGUAAUUUGGUUAUUGAAAAACCUCCUCCAGUUCCACAACCUCCCAGUGUGAUGGUAGGCGGACCGCCCAUUUCACCAGGCCAAAGUCACCCCGGCAAACAUCCUGGGCAGAUCAACCUGGCUCAGCUCAGGCUGCAACACAUGCAACAGGCUGCAUAUGCACAGCAAAAACAUCAACAGCAUCAGCAGCAACAACAGCAGCAGCAGCAGCAGAUUCAGCAACAAAUGCGUAUAGCCUCCCAAAUGUCUCAGCAGCAUCCGAGGGCAGGCGGCCCGCCUUUGGUUCAGCAGCAGCCUCCAAGGCUCAUCAGCAUGCAGCAGCUACAAAGAACUGGAGCUAUGAAUGGUGGGACCAACCCUUCUAUGUAUCCCUCCUCCCAUCACAUGCGUCUGGCUGGUCCACCACAAGGCCGGAUGCCCACAGCUCAGCCCAGACAUAACGGACAGCAGUAUGCCCCUAUGAUGCAGCCUCAGAUACAAAGACAGAUGUCUUUAGAAUCUGAGAUGAGCCACCAAAGGUUUCGUUUCUUACUCCAAUCAGGGCAUUCGAACCCUGGACACGCUGGCCCCUUUCCAGUGGCGUCCCUGCAUAAUGCCAGUCCCACGAGUCCGACCAGUGCCAGCAUGGCCGGUGCCCACGCGCACCGCGGCCCUGCCAGCCCCAUAAUUGGUCCCAUCGAACUCAUCCCCUCCGUCACUAAUCCUGAGAACCUGCCCUGCCUCCCCGAGAUACCGCCCAUCCAGCUGGAAGACGCUGGUUCCAGCAAUCUCGGAUACCUCCUCUCUCGUUGCAUCUCCGCCAGCCAACAACACCAGAUGGGCUCAACAGACAUGAACCCCUCUCCUGGACUGUCGACCCUUUCUCCUGGAUCGUCAGGUCUAUCCAACGCUCACACACCGGCGCGACCUUCCAGUACGUCAAGUACAGGCAGCAGAGGCAGUUCUAGCUCUGCUGGCAGAGCAGGGACAGGUGGUGGAUCUGCUGCAGAGCAGCUAAAGGUGAAGAAAGAACCCUGCACUGAGGAUGACUACAGCUGCUCCUCUUCUGUGAAGACUGAGCGAGGCAAAGAUGCUGGGAGGAGCGCCUGCAUGGUACGGACAACCAUUCCCUGGCAGAAUAUGAGCAGUCCAGAGAGCAGCCCACUGGGAGCUCCAUCCGCAGGGCCAGAUGCUUACAGGGACGUUGGCGAACGCGUCAAAACGGAGCCCAUGUCUGAGACGUCUUGCUCUGGACUGAACGGCACGUCGUCUUCCACCAACACUGCGACAAGCCAGACGGGCUCUGGACUCACCAAUGGAAACUUAGUCAAAAGAAGUGGGUCGCAUGAUGGAGCACAGGGCGGAAAAGAUGACGACCCCAAUGAAGACUGGUGUGCUGUUUGUAUCAACGGCGGUGAUCUUCUGUGCUGUGACCGCUGUCCUAAAGUAUUCCACAUGAAAUGCCACGUUCCCACCAUAAAAAUCUUCCCACAAGGUGAAUUUCUCUGCACAUUCUGCCGGAGUACAACUGACCCAGAGAUCGAGUAUUGUGAUGAAAGCAAGAGGACCAAAGGAGAUCAGAGCCUGAGUCCUGAAGACCAGCGGAGAUGUGAACGCCUGCUCCUGUAUAUUUUCUGUCAUGAGCUCAGCAUGGGCUUCAGGGAACCUGUUGCAAGCUCUGUGCCCAACUACUACAAGAUAAUUAAGCAGCCCAUGGACCUAAAGAAGGUGAAGAAGAAGCUGCAGCUGCGAAGCUCUCAGUAUUACAAAUCCAUACAGGAGUUUGUGGAUGAUAUGCGCCUUAUCUUCAAAAAUUGCGCAAAAUACAACGAGAUGUCUCGAAUAAUCCAAGUUUAUGAUGAGGAGAAAGAGAUUAAUACCCAGGCGGGAUCAGAGAUGGCGAUAUCUGGUAAGGCGGUGAGCCUGUACUUUGAGGAGAAGCUGCAGGACAUAUUCCCGGAUCAACACUUCCCCGACUCGCCGGAGCCCGGGUCCUCCGACGAGAAGGAGAGGGAGGAGGUGGACACGGAGGACUCCGAGGAGGACUUCAUUCAGCCUCGACGCAAACGGUUGAAAACGGACGAGAAGCUCGUUCACAUCAAGUAAAAACCCAGCGUAAAGAAGCGAGAAGUUAAAAGACUGUCUUCCUUUCAUCUCCCAUCCUCUUUUUUUUUUUUAUUAUUAUUAUUUUGGAGACAAUAAGUAUGACGUUUUCUAAACAACCUCAUUAGAUUGUUGCCUUGGAGUGAAAGUAUUUACAAGUCUUCUGUCAUAUUUUAUUCUUUUUCCUCCCAAGAGCGUAAAUACGGAUCUUCUAUUUUGAGGACAGUGACCCGCUUGUACAGAUUUUGAAGUAGGACUUCUUGUUCUGGUUGUAGCUACCAGCUGAUUGAUUUGUUUCAUUUUCUAUCAUCCAUUUGCAUUUGUAGAGUUGUAACAAUUUCUUUAUAAAAGCAUUUAACUUGACUUAUUCAGUUUGAUGUAUAUUAUCUAUGCUUUGACAUUGAGCCUACUGAGUAUUUGUAUGACUUUGUGGAAACGUGUACAUAAGAGAGUCUACAGUAUAGGUGUUUUGGUGCGUCAAUAAAACCUGUUCUUGGAAGUACA